UUUUAGAUCUGUAGUCUUAUCGCUUUUGCUUUGGGAGCAAUGCAACGAAAUGAUUUUUCUAUUCCUCGAAAAUCGUUAAGUCAGACAAGUAUAUCGCAGCAUUACGUAAAUGAUGUAGCACUUAAUAGUGAACCAUUUCGAAAUAUAUAUCAGCAAAUGAUUUUAUCACAUCUCUCAAGCAGCUGUCAGGACCGAGAAUCGAUCAGAAUUGUCCGAUGCAGAAUUAUAAGUAAUAAACAACUGGAGAAACGGUUCUCCAAUUUCCGACGGUCACUAGAGUCUCAGCGGUUGCCUGCUGAUGUGUCGUUUGGAUAUACUCUCCUCUCGAAUAAUUUGCGAGAAAUGGAACUAAUAGCACAGUGGGGCCUGUCUGUUAAUAAUAACUUCGUGGGAGAUUUGGGUGAACCAUCAUACGGUGUUUACUUGUCGGGACACCCUGAUUUAGUUACACCGGCACCUUUUCUUGGACGAACCAAGUUGAAGAUUUUAGCUUGCAAGGUCUUGAAAGGCAAAUGCAAUAUUGUUAGUCUAGGGUCUUACCAUCUGUUGCCUAAGCGAGGAUGUCAUUCACAUUCAGCUAUGCAACCAGUGGAUUGUAAAUUAUCGCGACAUGAUAAUUAUCGAUGUGAUCAGAUUUUUUUAUUCGAAGAGAAAGAAACUGGAUAUUCCAAAUCGCCAGCUAAUGUUUUACCUUUUGCCAUAUAUGAUGUAGAAUUCUCUCCGAAUACCGUUUUAUCUUUCAAAGGAACGGACUCGGUUGUUUGGAGUGGUAAUUUGUUGAUUGGAAGUAGGCGUUACAAUCGUGUCUCGCUUUGUUCAUUAGCAGCAGCGACUAAACCACCAUUACUAGACACUUUCGAAAUUACCGAUCUCAUUCACUGGACUGCGUGCUUGGCUUUUCCGCCGGUGCUUUUGAUCGAUUCUCAACGUUUGGUUUACUAUUUUACAUUAUUUUCUGAAGAUGAUUCUCAUGAUUUUGUUUUGUUGCACGAAUCUAUGAGAAUAAAACAAGCGGCUGGCAUAACGAUCUUUCCAUCUAUUGGGAUCUCCAUACUUCUGCCAAACGGAUCAUUUAGUGAUUUGCUAAUGCUUCCUAAGACAGCUGGCAAUAUUUUUCAUUGUUUGUAUUUAACGUCUGAUUUGAACUGUUCAUUAAUAAACGGUGCAUUUGAAGCGAUGUCGACGGAGGAGAACGACGAAUUUAUGAGGCCACUGUUACUUCAAGAACGUAUCGAUGGAUUGGAUGUUCAUGUUCAAGAACUGGUACGAAAUGUGGCUGGGAAAACUUCUCUUUCCGAAGAAAAUUCUAAUAAAUUAAGAAUUCAGGGAGAAAUAUCGAAUGCAUGUUCCGAAGCGGUCGAUAUGGAUAUAGCAGACAGUGACGAUGAUGACGAGAAGAAGGGAUGGCGUGUUGAACAUAUGAACACAAGAUCUGGAUUGGAAAAACCCUUAAAAGAACAUCCAAUAUCAGUUUCAAGCUCAAAAUUAAAGCCAAAUUCACCGCAUUCAAUUGAUGAAGCAGUUUUAAAAGAUAAACGGUUGCUUUCUUCUAAUCCUCGAUGUGAAAAGGUGUUUGUCAGUAGAGAUCCCAGGAAACGUCUCAUUAGCAGUCAGGAUUUGCCAAUUCCAUCAUGUUCAGUCGUAGGACGAAAGAUUUCAGAUUGGAGCUCUUUGCAUGAACACUCGGAUAUUAAAAAAAAGCCAGUACCUUCAUCACUUGACUUACCUGCAACUGAUUUUCGUGGCUAUUCACCGUCAGAUGCGAUAUCUAGUGGAGAAUCGUCACCGAGAGCUGUUUCACAGUCCCAGAACUCUCCAUCUAGCAGCUCUCCGAAUCUUAGAGAUAAUGACGGUACGGCGUUUGUCGGGAGUUUUUUGGCAAAUCAGAGCGAAUUGGAUAGUACGGAAUCACCUGCUAGCCCUCCACAUGAACCUGGUGUUUUCGUUGCUACUGCGCCAAAGAUUAUUUCCGAUUGUGAUAUGAGAUCGGCUACUGAUGCUUCAUUUCAAACGCCCGCUCGGCAGUAUAGGCCUCCUGAAGUUACGCCGUUUACAGCUUUAGCAUCAAUGGAAGCAAUAAAGAAUUCUGAACCGCUGGUAGAGAAUACUGGUAAAAAGCAAGCGAGUAAAAUUGAUUUCGAGGAAUCUCACUCGUCAUCAGCUUCUCAAAUUAAUGGGAAUCUCAUUAUUAAUGAUCAACCCACUUACAUUCUUCCCGAACUAGUUUCAUUUCCAUGCAAUUCGACUCAAAGAAAUCCGACUGAAAAUGAAAAGUUGGAUUCGUUAUUAAACCUUCCUCCACAACAAUUGCGAUGGGAUGUUCUUGCGAACUCAAAGGUCGAUGAUCGAGAUUUGUCAUUUUGGAAAACAAGCAAUAAACUAGUAGGUAGUGGUGAUGUGGACAUGCGUACCAUUCAUACAGUCAGUUCUGUUCCAGACACUUCCCGUGAUAUAAUAGCAUCAACCACGCAUCACGUAACACCUGUUAUGCAAGCACCGAUCGUAUUCUCUAAUGGCGAUACCGACCAUCGCAUGAUUUCAUCGACAAUUCGACCUUCAACUUCAGUGCAACCUAGCUUUACAAAUGAAUGUGCUGGACAAUUUCGCAUUCAUCCUUUUUCUUCAUUUACUCCUGUUCCGUUCGCGGGGUCCUUUCAAUAUCGUAAUAUUUCUUCAACCAGCUAUACAGCCAGAUUUGAGCAACCACGCAUAUAUGGUUUUUUCAAUCAACCAACAGUUCAUCGCCAACCAAAACCAUACUAUCCUCGAAGUACAAUGAGUGGUAGUUCUUCAGUAAUCCUGCAAAGACGAGGAGUGUUAAUGAUCGAUGAUGCUCAACUUACUGUUGGGACCUUAGAUCCGAAGUUCUUCCGAAUGAUCCUGGAACGUUUUUCAAAUUGGAGGAAGAGUGGUUCCAACUUGUGGUGGGUCAAACUGCAUACACAUCUCAGACAGACUUUGACUUUGGAUGGUGUCACAUCGAAUUCUAACUCGAAAGUAGUGGAAAGAUAUGCUCAUUAUGAAAAAAUAAUAAAGGAAUAUGAAAAUCUAAAAGUGAUACAAACAAUGAAACCGCAUGAAUGUGACAAAAAUAAGUAUGAUGCGAAUGUACUGCUGAAAUGUCUGAGUCAUACUGCUAGUGCGAAUCGAAAAUGCGCCAUGAUAUACUUGACCGAUAUAGCGAAGGAUUCAUCAAUGGGCAAGCAAAUAGCAUGCACGGGGUUCAAUAUUUAUUGCUGUACGGAGCUGUCGAAAAAAUUUGACGUUUGAUUCUUUGUUUGCUUCCAGUAGUGUAGGUUUUAUGUCGUAACUCCCCAUCUAUGAUCUAUCUCCACAAAUCCAGUUUGACUGAUUUUUUUAAUUCAAUAUUGUUGGUGGC